UGACUUUCAUGUCCCAACCCAACUCUAUUCGCACGUUGGACCAAACUUCCCUAUCUUCUUGGUUUCAAAGCUUACCUAUUAUUACCAGAACCUGGUUAUUAGGGUCCUUUACUAUCACUUUGUUAGUUGGCUUAGGCUUGUUGAGAGUGAAGAGUGUCAUUCUUCUAUGGCCAAGCGUAUGGAAAGGCUUGGAGUUGUGGAGACUUUGUUUUUCUGUAUUGUACUUGGGAGGGCUUGGAUUGGGCUUUUUAUUCCAACUUUUAUUUAUUCUUCAGUAUUCCAAGUCGGUAGAAGAAGAAGUCUUCUUUCAUGACCCAGCAGACUAUUUAUUUAUGCUGCUUUUUUGUACUGGAAUAUUAUGGAUAUGGGAUAUUUUAGCUUUUCCAUUAUUCUUUUUUGGACCCAGUUUAUUAUCGGCUGUGAUUUAUAUGUGGUCCAAAUAUCACGCCAACCAGUUGGUUUCUAUAUGGGGUUUGGUACAAGUGCCUGGGAAAUAUAUUCCGUUUGUAUAUCUGUUGAUGGAUUUGUUGACCAGUGGAAGUUUGAAUAUGCGUGCUGUUGCGGGAAUAGUUGCUGGACACUGUUGGUAUUUUGUAGAUAAGAUAUAUCCAACUUUACCUGGCAAUCAAGGUCACAAAUUGAUUGCUACUCCCUUAUUUCUACGUCAAUGGUUACCAAGAAGAAGAACAACUUUAAGUGGACCUAUUCCUCCUACCACAAGAUCCACUUUCACUAGACAGCAACAACAUCAUCAAUGGGGUCCAGGAAGAGUACUUGGAGAAUAAUCAUCAUAAUAAUAAAAUGGAAUAUUGUUCC